AUGGCAAACCCAGAAAACCUCCCACUUUACGAUAAAAUAUGGAUCAAACGAAAAUUUCAAAGAUCAAUAGACAUCUUGAUUUUACUCCUCUUAUUCUCUCUCCUUUCUUUUCGUCUUUUCUCAUUCAUCAACAACACCUUCACAAUUCCAUGGUUCCUUGCUUUCUCAUGCGAAUCUUGGUUCACUUUCACUUGGAUUGUUAUUCUCAACGCUAAAUGGACUCCUGCUGUUACCAAAACACACCCUAACCGUCUCCUUCAACAAGUACGAGAGCUUCCACGUGUGGACUUGUUUGUGACAACGGCAGAUCAUGUUCUAGAACCACCUCUAAUCACAUUGAACACUGUGUUGUCUCUUUUGGCACUUGAUUAUCCAGCUAAUAAGCUAGCUUGUUAUGUUUCUGAUGAUGCUUGUUCAGUUUUUACCUUCUAUGCUCUUGUUGAAGCUUCUAAAUUUGCAAAGUUUUGGGUACCUUUCUGUAAAAAGUAUAAUAUUCAAGUUAGAGCACCUUUUAGAUAUUUUUCUCAAGUUACCAAAAGUGAAGAUGGUUCAUUAGAAUUCAAACAAGAAUGGUUACAAAUGAAAGAUAUGUAUGACAGUCUUAGCCGAAAAGUUGAAGAUGUGACCCGAAAUUCGCUGUCGUUCAAAUUUGAGGGAGAAUUUGCAGUGUUCUUGAAUACAGAAAAAAGAAAUCAUUCAAGUAUAGUUAAGGUUAUAUCGGAGAAUAAGGAUGGUCUUUCUGAUGGAUUGCCUCACUUAAUCUAUGUAUCGAGAGAGAAGAAACGGAAUUAUGAACACAAUUACAAAGCUGGAGCUAUGAAUGUGUUGACAAGAGUCUCUGGGUUGAUGACGAAUGCGCCCUUUAUGUUAAACGUAGACUGUGACAUGGUUGUUAGCAAUCCUAAGAUUGUUCAACAUGCUGUGUGCAUUUUGAUGGAUUCUAAGAAUGGAAAAGAUGUUGCUUUUGUUCAAUGUUUCCAACAAUUUUAUGAUGGAAUAAAAGAUGACCCUUUUGGAAAUCAAUGGGUGGCUGCAUUUGAGUACAUAAUAAGAGGCAUGGGAGGACUUCAAGGACCUUACUAUGGAGGAACAAACACCUUCCAUAGAAGAAAUGCUAUUUAUGGUCUUGAUCCUCAUGAAAAUCAUUAUGGAAAAAAAGGAAAAUUAGCAGAAAAGACAUUAAUACAGCAAUUUGGAAGUUCAAAUGAGUUUCUCAAAUCAGUAACACAUGCUUUUGAAGGGAGUGAUUAUUCUAGCAGUAAUAGUAUAAGUCCUUCCAAUUUUAUUGAUUCAGCAAUCCAAGUAUCUGAUUGUGGAUAUGAAAGUGGCACUUCUUGGGGUACUCGGAUGGGCUGGUUAUAUGGAUCAAUAUCGGAGGAUGUACCAACCGGGCUGAAUAUGCAUAGAAAAGGUUGGAGAUCAGAGUGUUGUACGCCAGAUCAAACCGCGUUUACAGGCUGUGCUCCCGGAGGUUUACUCACGACGAUGGUCCAACAAAAGAGAUGGGCAUCAGGCCUCACUGUUGUCUUCUUUGGCAAGCAUUCUCCUGUUAUGGGCAUCCUCUUUGGUAAAAUCCAAAUCAGGGCAGGCUUGUCUUACUGUUGGCUUACGAAUUGGGGUCUGCGUUCGGUAUUUGAAGUUUGUUAUGCAGCCUUAGUUGCUUAUUGCGUAAUCACCAACACCGGUAUCUUUCCUAACGGAUUCGGGCUAUGGAUUCCUUUGACUCUUUUUGUGAUCUACACUAUACAUACAUUACAAGAGUAUCGAUCAAAAGGGCUAUCAUUACGACAUUGGUGGAACAACCAAAGAAUGGUUACAAUGAGAACCACAAGUGUAUGGUUUAUAGGAUUUUUGAGUGCCAUGGUUAAGCUCUUAGGGAUAUCUGAUACAGUCUUUGAAAUAACACAGAAGGAAACACCGAGUUCUAUUGCUUCCGGAGACAUUGCAGAUGCUGGUAGGUUCACAUUUGAUGAGUCCUCGGCUUUCGUGGUUGGCACAACCGUUUUGCUGGUGCAAUUAACAGCCAUUGCUGUUAAAAUUUUGGGGUUACAGUUAGAGGCUAAUAGCAGAAAUGGGUGUGGACUAGGUGAGUUGAUGGGUAGUGUGUAUCUAGUAGUAUGUUACUGGCCAUUUCUGAAAGGGCUGUUUGCUAGAGGUAAAUAUGGGAUUCCAUUGUCUACCAUUUUCAAGUCAGCACUGCUUUCAUUUAUUUUUGUGCACUUCUGUAGAAUUGGUGUUAUAAGUUGA